UUAAUGUCCCUGCCCCCAAUAACGCAAGAGAUACUUCCGGUUCCGGUCCCCAACACAAGCAGAUACAGGACAGGCUGUAAUCGUUCAGAGAAUCCAGUCAGAAGCUCAACAAUUGGAGCACUUGCUAGCCACUGGAUCCUUAACUGGGACUCUAGGGUUGGGAAGGGAGGAAAUGGCUGACUAUUACUCAGAAGAGGAAAAUAAAGAAGAGAAAACGAGUAACGAUGACAAUGAGGAGAAUGGUAGUGAUGCAGGAGGCUCUGGGGGUUCAGAUAAUUCUCGAAGGACUCCCCCGCUUGAAGUACAAAGGGGAAAUCCUGGUGAGAUGGGUCAGAACAAGAAUCGUGUCCCGCCUAAUGAUGAUACACCUCAAAGAAUUCAACAGCAGCCACCAUUAUUGGUGAACGAUGGUGGACAGAGGAAUGAUAGUCUCCACGAAAUGAGACAAUUGUUGAUCAAUUUGGAUCGAAAGGUUGACAACAUUAAGACAACGGUGAAUGAUAGCAAUGAAAGACUGCGAGCAUAUAUUUCAACGCAUGGCUUUGAAAAUGAGCCUAAAAUGGUUCCAGAGCCUUUCAACACGUUACACGAUCUUCUUGAAUUCGAUAAAACUCUGAAAGCAGAUGAAGAGAGUUGUAGACGAUUCACCUAUCAAGUGUGGAAAGUAGGGGGUAAGACUUUGCAGAAACAUGCUGCCAAUGUAAUGACAAGACUAAUAUCAAACGAAUUGGCAAAACGCUGUACCUGGACUGGAUUACAUGGGACUCAGAAGAUAGAGGGUAUGAAGUUUUCGGAGAUCAUUAUAUCUGCCCUCGCAAAUACAUGGAAGAACGAAACGGAAGAUGAAGUUAAAGAAAGAAUAAAAGAUUGGUUGAGGCGACCCGGUGACAGACUGAGAAGGGGUCGUAAACAUCAAGAGAGACCAUAAGAAGUAAACAUCAUGGGUAAGCCCUUGAAACAUGCGGAUCCAUCACCAAAAACCACUGACUGCAGAUAUAUUGUCUAACUGAUUAAGAAAAAAAAUAUCAUAAUAUGAGAAAAAAAAGCUGGUUUCCACAAAUCUUUUUUAUGCAAUAUUGUAACGUUCUUUUAGUAAUAAGUGGUACUACUAAUCUUAUCUAUUUACUGCCGUUUAUCUCUGACCUUGUAAUAGAGUAUUUGUCAUAAAUUAAUUAGUUGUACUCAACAAAAGGUGCUCUAAUUACUUAAUUAUAAUCUGAAGGGUGAAAUAGGUAUGAAAUCUGCCAGUAUCGAUUAGAAUGAACAUUGGCACGCGAAUUUUCAUCCGUUUCAUGAGCUAGCCCCGAAUACUCGCGUGAGCCAAUUGUUUCUGGUAUAUUAAUUUUAUGAUUUUUAUAUUUAUUUGUUCGUGAAUGUCCCGCGAGCGAACUGAAAAACUUUACUUUUGUUAAGGAUUUAGUAACAUUUAUUGUCUAAAAUAAAAUUACGAUUCUGUUCAUGACGAUUUGUCGAUCAUAAGACAUUCUACUCAAUUCAUUGGAUUUACAUUAUUUAUAUCCAUGCUCAUUGCUUGCUUGUGUUUGUUUGUAAACAAGGAAAAGAAUAGUAGAAAAUAAAUUUAUUCUGAAAUAACAGUUUAGUGGUAACCAAUGAUCAAUGAAACGCUCAGUGGAAGCCAUCAGCUUUUGAAUGUAUUAUUAACUUCGAAAAAUUCAGUUCAUACAAAAAAAAAUGAAGAAAAACGUAUGUGUUAUUCAUUAGAUAUACAUAGCUGUUGAAAUUUUUCAAGUUUCACAAAGUUUAUCUUUAGAUUUUAAGAAUUUCGUUGAUAUGCUAAAUAUAUAUUGACUUUGAUGUAAUUUCUUUUUUCGAAGAUUUUGUGAUACAAUAAACACUG